GUAGAGUCUUCCCACUUGGAAAAAGGCUUCUUAUCUGGGACCUCCGCAAGAGGAGCACUGAGUUUUCGUCUGUGCUUAGGCUACUUGAUUCUCCUCAAGUUAAGCUUUUAUCCAUCAUUAGGCAGAAGAGGCAUAUCCAAAGAGGCUUUACUUUUUCAUAUUCUGAGACGAGAGACAACACAAUUUCCACAGCCUCAUUCAUGUUCUGCUGAGCCAGAGAGAAAGAGCGAGUCGAAAUGAAGAUAAGGCUGUCUCUGGCAGCGGCUGCCUUCCUUGCAGUGCUACUAUCCUCCGUCGAGGCUCAAGUUGAACCACCUUCAGACUUGAGAUUUAAGAUUUUAAAUGAGAACACAGUACAAAUGACAUGGAAUGUUCCACUAACACGGAUAGAGGGAUUCAAGAUACAAGUGGCCUCAGACACAGACGAACCAACAAAACAUGUAUCCCUCCCUGCCACUGCCACUAAGACCUCCAUCACAGAUCUGACACCAGACAAGGACUAUGUAGUAACAAUCAUUGCAUACUCUGGGUCAGAGGAAAGUUUGCCCAUCUCAGGACAGCUCACAAUCCAAUCAAGUGGCACAGCACAAGGAGGUCCCAGGAAACCACAGGUCACAGACUCAGUCAAGUGCUCAUUCAGUGCUGUCACAGAUUUGGUGUUCCUCGUUGAUGGUUCAUGGAGCGCUGGAAGAGACUUUAAAUACAUCCGUAACUUCAUCUCCGCCAUGGCGGGUGCCUUUGAGAUUGGGGAGGACAAGACCAGGGUGGGCGUGGUCCAGUACAGCACUGAUACCAAGACAGAGUUUAACCUCAACCAGCAUGUGAAAUGGGGCGAACUCCUCAGAGCCAUCAACACACUGCCUUACAAGGGUGGCAACACCAUGACAGGUGAGGCCAUGGACUAUUUGCUGAAAAACGCAUUUACUGAGGCAAACGGUGCCAGGAAAGGCUUACCGAAGGUGGCCAUGAUUAUCACAGAUGGGAAGUCUCAAGACCCUGUGGAGAACAUCGCCAAGAAACUUAAGAACAUGGGGGUGGAGAUCUUCACCUUGGGGAUCAAAGGAGCAGAUGAGGACGAGCUAAAACAAAUGGCUUCAACCCCCUACAGGACCCAUGUCUAUAAUAUUCUCAACUUUGACCUUAUCAAAAAUGUGCAGAAAGAGCUCAUUACCCAUGUGUGCUCGGGGGUGGACGAUCAACUCAACUCGCUCGUCAGCGGAGAGGAAGUUAUUGAACCAGCAUCAAACCUCAGAGUCAUGGAGAUGGCCUCCAAGUCUAUGAGGGUGACAUGGGACAUUUCCUUUGGAGAUGUCUCGGGUUACAAGCUCCAGCUGAUCCCCAUGAUGGCCGGCAGCAAGCGCCAGGAGCUGUACGUAGGCGCCAGCCAGACCUCAGUGAUGGUUACGGGCCUGUCUCCAGACACAGAGUACCAGAUCAGCCUGUUUGCCCUCAAGGGCCUGACCCCCAGUGAGCCCAUCAUAACCAUGGAGAAGACUGAGCCAGUCAAAGUGUCCCUUGAAUGUUCUCUUGGAGUAGACGUGCAAGCUGACGUUGUCAUUCUGGUCGACGGCUCGUACAGUAUCGGACUGUCCAACUUCGCUAAAGUCAGAGCUUUCCUGGAGGUGCUGGUGAACUCCUUUGACAUCGGACAGGACAAGAUUCAGAUCAGCUUGGUUCAGUACAGCAGGGACGCUCACACUGAGUUCUACCUGAACACCCACCACGACAUGAGCGCUGUGGUCAACGCCGUCCGGACGUUCCCCUACCGUGGCGGUUCCACCAACACCGGAAGGGCCAUGACCUAUGUCAGGGAGAAGAUCUUCUUGACCAACCGAGGAUCGCGGCCAAACGUCCCCCGCGUCACUAUCCUCAUCACAGACGGGAAGUCGUCCGACUCCUUCAAGGACCCGGCCACCAAGCUGAAGAAAGCAGACGUGGAGAUCUUUGCCGUGGGCGUGAAGGACGCUGUGAGGUCUGAACUGGAAGCCAUUGCUACCGAGCCUGUGGAGACCCAUGUGUACACCGUGGAGGACUUUGACGCCUUCCAGAGGAUCUCCAAAGAGCUCACCCAGGCCAUCUGCCUGAGGAUUGAGCAGGAGCUCCUCAAUAUCAAGAAGAAAAGCUUACUCCCACCGAGGUUGUUAACUUUCUCUGAGGUUGCCGCCAGGAGCUUCAGAGCCACUUGGGAGACCGAUGCCCUCAAUGUCCUGUCCUACCUGAUCCAGUUCAGACCUGCUGCUGACGUCAACGGGGACUUUGUGUCCAUGUCCUUGCCCGGGGACAUGCUCACCACUCUGCUGCCUCACCUCACGCCCCUCACCCACUACGAGGUCAACGUCUUUGCCCAGUACACCGAAGGAGACAGCUUCCCUCUGAAUGGAUUCGAGACCACACUAGAUGAACAAGGACCAGUGCGUAACCUGAGGGUUUCAGAGGAAACGACAGACAGUUUCCGGGUGUCGUGGGCAGCAGCGCCAGGGGCGGUGGUACGGUACCGUCUAACCUACGUACCAGUCAGGGGUGACAGCACAAGACUAGAGACAGCCACCGUCGGCGAUGAGACCACCAUCGUGCUGCCAGAGCUCUUCCCAUUGACAACAUACCGCGUGAUGGUGGCUGCAGAGUACCAGUCGGGCACUGGUGCUGAGAUGAAGAUCGAUGGCACCACCAAAGAAGCGCUGGGAUCUCCUCGUGACCUACAGGUCUUUGACCAGACCGUGUCCACCAUGAGGCUUUCGUGGGCGGCGGCACCGGGCCGCGUCCUCCAGUACCGUAUCAUUUUCAGUCCGUCGGCGGGUGGCGAGAAGAAGGAGGUGUCGGUGAAGGGAGGGAACACCAACACCCUUCUGAAGGACCUGCUGCCUGGCACGGAGUACGAUCUGGCGGUCAGCGCACGCUACUCCUCUGGCCUAGGAGACCCUCUGGAGGGGAAAGGAACCACACUGGAAGAACUGGGCUCCCCCAAGGACCUUGUCACCAGCGACGUAACGGACACCAGCUUUGCUGCGUCUUGGACGGCUGCCCCUGGAAACGUGAAGAUGUACAGGAUCCGCUGGAAGUCUUUGUACAGUGACGAGUCAGGGGAGAAGACGGUCCCUGGAGAUGUCACCAACACUGUCCUGGAUGGUCUGACACCUGAGACCCUCUACCAGGUGUCUGUCGUGGCAUCCUACGGCAGAGGAGACGGGGACCCACUGACUGGACAGGAGACCACCGAUGUGUCUGCUGCUGCGAAGGCUCUGACUGUGUCCGAUGAGACUGAGCGAAGCAUGAAGAUAACGUGGAUGGCGGCACCGGGGAAAGUCAUCAACUACCGAGUGACAUACGUACCCACCGAUGGCGGCAAAGAGAUGUUCGCCAAGGUUCCUGGCACCUCCACCUCCACUGUGCUGAAGCGACUGACGCCCAUGACCACUUAUGACAUCACGGUGCACCCCAUCUACAAGCGGGGAGAAGGAAAAGCAAGGCAAGGAGUAGGAACGACACUGUCACCUUACAAAGCUCCCAGAAACCUGAAGACCUCGGACCCUGGCAAGACCAGCUUCAGAGUCUCCUGGGACGCAGCCCCUGGAGAUGUGCGUGGCUACAAGGUCACAUUCCACCCCAGUGGCAAUGAUAUCGACCUGGGAGAGCUGCUGGUUGGGCCCUAUGACAACACUGUGGUAUUAGAGGAGCUCAGGGCCGGAACCAAGUACUCUGUAGCAGUGUUUGGAAUGUUUGAUGGAGGCCAUUCUGCUGCACUGGCUGGAGAGGAGAAGACUACCCUCUCCGAUGCACCCGAAGUCCCAUUGGAACCUUGGAACGAAGCCAAGUGUAAGAGCCAGGCCAAGGCUGACAUCAUCCUGCUGGUCGAUGGCUCAUGGAGUAUUGGCCGUCUGAACUUCAAAACCAUCCGCGCCUUCAUCGCUCGCAUCGUUGGUGUCUUUGACAUCCACCCUGAUAGAGUCAUGAUCGGUAUGGUUCAGUACAGUGGAGACCCCAAGACUGAGUGGCAUCUGAAUGCCCACCCAACCCGUGACGGGCUUCUCAAAGCUGUGGCUGACCUGCCCUACAAAGGGGGAAACACCAUGACAGGUAUGGCCUUGAACUAUAUCCUCACAAACAACUUCAAGACCAACGUGGGACUGCGUAAGGACUCGCGCAAGAUCGGUGUGCUCAUUACUGACGGCAAGUCGCAGGACGAGAUCAUCACCAACUCCCAGGUGCUGAGGGAUGAGAACAUCGAGCUCUACGCCAUCGGUGUGAAGAACGCUGAUGAGAAUGAGUUGAGAGCCAUUGCCUCAGACCCAGAUGAGAUUCACAUGUACAAUGUGAAUGAUUUCUCCUUCCUGCUAGACAUAGUGGAUGAGCUCACCAUCAACCUCUGUAACAGUGUGAAGGGUCCAGGGGGUCUAGACCCGCCCACUAACCUGGUAACCUCCGAGGUAACCCACCACUCAUUCCGUGCUACCUGGACCGGUCCUGAAGGUCCUGUGGAAAAGUUCCGCGUCGACUACAUGCCCGUGGUGGGAGGAAUCACCGAACAGAUGAUUGUCGAUGGGGCGGUCACCACUGUGGUCCUGACCAAGCUGACCCCUCUGACGGAGUAUGUGAUCAACGUCUUCUCUGUGACCGGAGGGGAGACCAGCGAAGAGCCACUGAAGGGCACUGAAACCACCUUGCCACUACCCGGGGUGAUCAAGUUGACUGUGUACGACGAGACCAUGACCACCUUUAAGGUGAGGUGGGAGAAGGCUGAAGGGGCGACAGGAUAUAUGCUGCUCUACCGUGCCAUCAAUGCCACUGUGCCCACUGUGGAGAAAGAGGUACGAGUUGGGGCAGAUGUGAAUGAUGUUCAGCUGAAGGAUCUUAUCACCGACACAGCGUAUACACUCACCCUGUUCGCCCUACAUGGAGUGGCAGCCAGCAACCCCCUCAUAGACCAAGGAGUCACCUUGCCCUUGCCACCAUCGGGUAAUCUGAUGAUCACUGAUGUCACCCAUAGCGCCAUGAAGCUCAGAUGGGACGCAUCCCCGGGGAAAGUCCUCAAGUACAUCAUCACCUACAAGCCAGAGGAAGGAGAGCUCAAAGAGGUUGAAGUCAAUGGUGAUAUAACAUUCCUGCCUCUUACCAACCUCAUCUCUCAAUCUGAGUACGACGUUGCUGUCACCCCAGUUUACGACGAAGGCGUUGGAAACUCUAUGCUUGGACAAGCCAUUACAGAUGUUGUUCCUGCCCCGCAGAAUCUGAAGUUGUCUGAGGUGACCCAGACCUCGUUCAGGGCCACCUGGGAACACGGGGCCCCUGACGUGGCCCUCUACCGAAUUGGCUGGACCAAGAAGGGAGAGAACAACUUCCAAUAUUCUAUCCUGAACAGUGAUGAAACGUCCCAUAAUCUGGAGAACCUGGAUCCGGACACCCUGUAUGAUGUCACCGUCACGGCCAUCUACCCAGACGAGUCAGAGAGCGAGGACCUGAUUGGCAGCCAGCGCACAUUGUUAAAGAUGACCACACCUGCUCCCACUGGACCUCCGCAGAACUUGCAGGUGUUCAACGCGACCACGGUCACUCUGACAGUGAAGUGGGACCACGCCCCAGGUCCCGUACAGAACUACAAGAUCUCCUUCCAACCUGUGGCAGGAGGCAAAGCUCUCUCAACCCAGGUAGGAGGGAAGAAGAACAGUGUCAUCCUCCAGAAGCUAACGCCUGACACUCCCUACUCUGUCACCGUGGCUGCCAUUUACCCCAGCGGAGAGGCCAAAGACAUCUCAGGCCGAGGAAAGACCAAGCCUCUUGGUGGAGUAAAGAACCUGCAGGUGAUCAACCCCACCAUGACCACCCUGAACGUGAAAUGGGAGGCGGCUGACGGGAAAGUGAAAGAAUACAAAGUCAUCUAUGUACCUGCUAACGGUGGAGCUGAGAGCAUGGAGACUGUGGAUGCCACUUCCACCACCACGGUUCUGAAAGGCCUCCUGCCAGACACCCUCUACACCGUCUCACUGGUGCCUGUCUAUGAAGUGGGAGAUGGACAGAAACAGUCUGAGAACGAAAAGACAAGGCCCCUGGGUGGAGUGAGAAACUUGCAGGUGACCAAUCCCACCAUGACCACUUUGAAUGUGAAAUGGGAGCCAGCCGAUGGGAAGGUCAAGGAGUACAACGUCUUCUAUGUACCUGCUGCUGGUGGAGCUGCUGAGGCCAUGGAGACUGUGGCUGCCACUGCCACCACCACAAUUCUGAAAGGCCUCCUGCCAGACACCCUCUACACCGUUUCACUGGUGCCUGUCUACGAAGUGGGAGAUGGACAGAAACAGUCUGAGAACGAAAAGACAAGGCCCCUGGGUGGAGUGAGAAACUUGCAGAUCACCAAUCCUACCAUGACCACCCUGAACGUGAAAUGGGAGCCAGCUGAGGGGAAAGUCAAAGAAUACAAAGUCUUAUAUGUACCUGCUGCUGGUGGUGGUGCUGAGGCCAUGGAGACUGUGGGUGCCACUUCCACCACCACAAUUCUGAAAGGCCUCCUGCCAGACACCCUCUACACCGUCUCACUGGUGCCUGUCUACGAAGUGGGAGAUGGACAGAAACAGUCUGAGAACGAAAAGACAAAGCCUCUUGGUGGAGUGAAGAACCUGCAGGUGACCAACCCCACCAUGGUCACAUUGAACGUGAAAUGGGAUGCGGCCGAGGGGAAUGUCAAAGAGUACAAAGUCAUCUAUGCACCUGCUGCCGGUGGAGCUGAAAGCAUGGAGACUGUGGCUGGAACCAACACAGUCCUGAAGGGCCUCACAUCAGACACCAUUUACACCGUUUCAGUCGUGCCGGUCUACGAAGUGGGAGAUGGCAAGAAGAUGUCGGAGAAUGGAAAGACAAGGCCCCUGGGUGGAGUGAAGAACUUGCAGGUGAUCAACCCCACAAUGACCACCCUGAACGUGCGCUGGGAGCCAGCCGAUGGGAAGGUCAAGGAGUACAAAGUCUUCUAUGUACCUGCUGCUGGUGGAGCUGCUGAGGCCAUGGAAACUGUGGCUGCUACUGCCACAAGCACUGUCUUGAGAGGCCUCCAACCAGACACCCUCUACACUGUCUCACUGGUGCCUGUCUUCACCGAGACAGAGGGCAGAAGGCAGUCUGAGAACGGAAAGACAAGACCGUUGGGGGGAGUGAAGAACCUGAAGGUGACUGAACCCACCAUGACCUCUCUGAAGGUGGACUGGGACCCAGCAGACGGAGCCGUGCGCCAGUACAAGAUCUUCUUCGUUCCUGUGGCUGGAGGAACACCAGAGGAAAUGGAGCAAGUACCUGGAAGCACCACCGCCAUUGUUCUGAGAAACCUCAACCCUGACACACCUUACACAAUAUCAGUGUUGCCUAUCUACCCUGUCAGGGAUGGGAAACGCCAGUCGGAGAAUGGAAAGACACUGCCUUUGGGUGGAGUGACCAAUCUCCAGGUCACCAACCCUACCCACACCACCCUCACCACCAGCUGGGACGCAGCUGACGGCAAUGUGCAGGGCUACAAAGUAAUCUACACUCCCGUCGCAGGAGGCCUUGAGAUUGUUGAGGAAGUCUCAGAAAGCACAACCACCACAGUUCUGAAGAGCCUCUCUCCCAACACACAGUACAGAGUCACUGUGCUGCCAGUGUACCCGGAAGGAGAUGGUCAGACCCAGACCAAGGAUGGAACAACAAAGCCCCUGGGCUUCGUGAAGAACCUGCAGGUCAUUGAGCCCACCACCAGCACCCUGAACGUGCGCUGGGACGCAGCUGAGGGGAACGUGCGCGAGUACAUCAUCGUCUACAUCCCAACUGCAGGCGGGGAGCAGGAAGUGGACCAGGUGUCUGGAACAACGACCACCACUGUUCUGAAGGAACUGAAUCCAGACACGGAAUACACUGUGACAGUUGUGCCUGUUUACCAUGAAAUGGAGGGUCUCUCUAGGUCUCAGAAUGGAAAGACAAAUCCUUUGGGUGGAGUGAAGAACAUGAAGGUCAUCGACCCCACCAUCAACAGUUUGUCUGUUCGCUGGGACCCGGCUGUCGGCAACGUGCGCAACUACAAGGUCUUCUACGUGGCCCAGCCAGAUGGGAAGGAGCAAAUGGAGCAAGUCUCUGGAGGCACCAACAACCUUAUCCUGCGUAAUCUGGAGUCCGAUACCCAAUACAACGUCUCUGUUGUCCCAGUCUACCCAGACGUGGACGGCAUAAUGCAGUCUGAGAUGGGAAAAACAAAGCCUCUGGGUGGAGUGAAGAACCUGAAGGUGACUGACCCCACCACCAACUCCUUGAGGGUACGCUGGGAGCCAGCUGAGGGGGAUGUGCGCCAGUACACUGUCAUCUACGCCCCGCUAGCAGGAGGGCCUGAACUCACGACCACAGUUUCUGGGAUGUCAACCAACACCGUUCUCAGGAACCUUGUGCCAGACACAGAGUACAAAGUGACAUUGGUGCCUAUGUAUGGCGAUAUUGAAGGGAAGAGAACUUCUGAAAAUGGAAAGACAAAGGCAUUGGGUGGGGUGAAGAACCUGCAGGUCAUAGACCCGACUACUAGCUCCUUGAAGGUGCGCUGGGAGCCAGCGGAGGGCAACGUGCGCCAGUACCGUCUCUUCUACGUCCCUGCCUCUGGCGGAGCCGAGGACAUGGAGCAAGUGUCUGGUGGCACCACCUCUACCGUCCUGAGGAACCUUCUCUCAGACACGCCCUACACCAUCACAGUGGUCCCCGUCUACCCCGAGGGAGAGGGCCUGCGCCAGUCUGAGACUGGAAAGACACUUCCACGCACCCCUCCUAAGAACGUCCAGGUGUACAACCCUACCACCAACAGCCUGAACGUGCGCUGGGCGCCAGCCUCUGGCCAGGUGCAGCAGUACCGUGUUAUCUACACACCUCUGUCCGGAGAAAGACCUGCAGAGACGGUCUUGGUCCCGGGGAACAUCAACAACGCGUUCUUGGAUUCGCUCAUUCCCGACACACCGUACUCGGUCAGCGUCCUGGCUCUGUACGCCGACGGGGAGGGACCACCGGUGAAGGGAGACGGCAAAACAUUGCCCCGUGCUGGACCUCGGAACCUGCGGGUGUUUGAUGCCACCACCAACACUCUGACCAUCGGCUGGGACCACGCUGAGGGAACCGUGCAGCAGUACAAGAUAGCCUACGCCCCCACCACAGGAGACCCCAUCACUGAGUUUACCGUUGUCCCUGGCAACAGAAACAAUGCCAUCCUGCAGAACCUGCUUCCUGACACUCCCUACAACAUCACUGUGGAAGCCAUCUAUGCUGAUGGAGCAGGGGGAUCGCUGAACGGGCCCGGACGCACAGUUGGCCUGCUGGAGCCCAGGAACCUGCGUGUUUCGGAUGAGUGGUACACUCGCUUCCGUGUUGCCUGGGACCCUUCGACGUCUCCGGUGCUUGGAUACAAGCUGGUCUACACGCCUGCGGAAGAAGAUCAGAGUAAGAGCUUGGACGUGUUUGUGGGUGAUGUGACGUCAUACACCCUCCAGAACCUCCUCCCUGGCACCACCUACGAUGUCAAAGUGUUUGCCCAGUAUGAUGCUGGCAUGAGCGGGGCCCUCGAAGGACAAGGAACAACACUCUACCUGAACGUCACCAACCUCGAGACCUACAACGUUGGCUUCGACAAGUUCUGCGUCAAGUGGAGUCCUCACAGGGCUGCCACCUCCUACAGGAUCAAGCUCAACCCUCUGGACCCCUCCAGUAAAGGUCAGCAGGAGAUCACCAUUACUGCAGCUCAGAGCCAGUACUGCUUCAAGGGGCUCUCCCCUGACGCUCUUUAUAGCGCCACCGUGUUCGUUCAGACCCCUAACCUCGAGGGCCCUGGAGUCAGCGCCAAAGAGAGAACAUUGGUCAAACCUACUGAAGCCCCAACGCCACCCCCCACUCCUCCACCACCACCUACCAUUCCUCCUGCAUGGGCAGUGUGCAAAGGUGCCAAGGCAGAUGUGGUCUUCCUUAUUGAUGGCUCGUGGAGUAUUGGAGAAGACAGUUUCCGGAAAGUGGUGCAGUUCGUCUUCAGCAUGAUUGGAGCCUUCGACGUCAUCGGAUCGACAGGAAUGCAGGUGUCGUUCGUGCAGUACAGCGACGAAGCAAAGACAGAGUUCAGGCUGAACUCUUACUCGGACAAGGGCAACGCUCUCGCUGCUCUACAGCUGAUCCAGUACCGAGGAGGAAACACUAAGACCGGCGCUGCUUUGAUGCAUGUCAAGGAGAAGGUGUUCGCCCCAGAAAAUGGAAUGAGGAGGAAUGUCCCCAAGGUUGUGGUAGCUGUCACAGACGGUCGCUCUCAGGAUGAGGUGAAGAAAAACGCUGCCACGCUGCAGCAUGCUGGUUACAGUGUGUUUGUGGUUGGUGUUGCCGAUGUGGAUUUUGCUGAGCUGCAGAACAUUGGCAGCAAGCCAAGUGACAGACACAUCUUUGUUGUGGACGACUUUGACGCCUUUGCAACUAUCCAAGACAACCUUGUGACCUUCAUUUGCGAAACAGCAACGUCAUCUUGUCCCCUGAUCUACCUGAAUGGAUUCACAUCGCCUGGCUUCAGGAUGCUGGAGGCGUUCAACCUGACAGAGACGACCUAUGGCUAUAUCAAGGGAGUGUCUAUGGAACCUGGUUCCUUCAACAGCUACACAGCCUACAGACUCCAUAAGAACUCCUUCCUGACCCAGCCCACCACGGAGAUCCACCCAGACGGACUACCUCACUCCUACACCAUCAUCAUGAUGUUCCGUCUCCUCCCGGACACACCCAACGAGGCCUUUGACAUCUGGCAGGUGUCCACCAAGGACGACAAGCCUGAAGUCGGGGUCACCAUUGAUCCUUCCAGCCAAACAAUUUCGUAUUAUAACAAGGAUACGAGGGGGGAGAUCCAGAGGGUCACAUUCGACAAUGAUCAAGUGAAGAGAAUCUUCCAUGGAAGCUUCCACAAGCUCCACAUCCUUGUUUCCCCCACCAAUGUCAAGCUGAACCUCGACUGCCAAGAGGUGGCGGACAAGGAGAUUAAGGAAGCUGGAAACACGUCCACGGAUGGCUAUCAAGUUCUGGGCAAAAUGUCCAAGUCCAUUGGCUCCAAGGGUGAAUCUGCAACUUUCCAGCUCCAGAUGUUCGAUAUAGUGUGCACCCUGGGCUGGACGAGCAGAGACAGAUGCUGUGACCUUCCAUCUAUGAGAGAAGAGUCCAAGUGCCCGUCCCUCCCCAAUGCCUGCACAUGUACCUCGGAAAGCACAGGACCCCAGGGAACACAGGGGGCAGUGGGCGCACCCGGUAGCAAAGGUCCCCGGGGUGAAAGAGGAGAGACUGGCCCGGCUGGUCCAAUUGGACCGCGUGGCGAUACAGGAUUGCCAGGACCUAUGGGUCUGCCUGGCCCUCAAGGAUCUAGCGGGCUGUCUAUUCCAGGAGAAGCUGGCCGCCAAGGACCGAAGGGAGAAGCUGGUGAUUCUGGGCUACCUGGACAGAAAGGUCCACCUGGGAUAGCUGGGACCAUCGGCCCAAUCGGACCUGCUGGACCGAGGGGACCCCAAGGAAAGGAAGGACAGGCUGGAUCCAGAGGUCCAACAGGCCCAAUGGGACCUCCUGGAUCUCCUGGAAUGCCUGGGGUUUCAGGAAAACCAGGAAAGCCUGGUGACACAGGUGUUUCGGGAGCCAAUGGUAUUAAAGGGGACAGAGGAGAGAGGGGCGACUUUGCUCCUCAGAACAUGAUGCGAUCCAUUGCCAGACAAGUGUGUGAGCAGAUAGUAAAUGGACAAAUGAGUAGAGUCAAUUCCAUGCUGAACCAGAUUCCCAGCGGUUACCGUAGUAGCAACAACCCAGGUCCCCCCGGACCCGCUGGGCCCAGCGGUAACCAGGGUCCCCGUGGAGAGCCUGGACAGGCAGGCAGGAAUGGAUUCCCAGGAAGUUCAGGACAACCUGGCCAGCAAGGAGAGAGAGGCCCUGCAGGAGAGAAGGGUGAUCGAGGGACAGCAGCAGUCGGACAGCGAGGACAAAGAGGACUACCUGGCCCAACAGGCGAAGCUCGGACCGGCCCUCCAGGCCCCGCAGGCUCCUCCGGGCCCCGCGGUCCUCCUGGCCGCCAAGGGUUCACAGGUAUUAGGGGUCAACCUGGCACUCCUGGCUACUGUGACUCUUCCCAGUGCGUCAGCAUUCCGUACAAUGGACAAGGAUACAGAGGUUCACCAUAGUAAACUUUCUAAAUCGCCUGUGCUGCUUUCACUUUGAAUUCCUGAGAAAAAAAAGGCCUGCUUGCUCACGCGCUCUAGAGCUGUUUGAGGAUAAGCCACCAAAGGAUAAGAUUAACAAGCUAUGUUGAGAAAGACAAGAACAACGAGGACCGGUACUAACAACAUUGUAGAGCAACUAGAUCAAAAAAGCACCGGUGAUGACAACAACAUAGUUGCCUGUUUGCAUCUUGAAGCCAGAGAACGAGCAGACAAAGACCUUCUAUCAGGUGGAGAAGCAUGUGCAAACAAACAAACAAACAAACAAACAAACACCAAAUACUUCAACAACAACAUUAACAUGGUUACUCUUGAGGUGAAAUCUGUAAAUAAACUAAUGAUGCCUUGUAAAUGAUGUUUAAAUCGCAUCCACUCAAUGUGGUUUUUAACACCUGUAGUUAUGCUUUUGCCUUGUAACCUGCUGCUUGGUGAAUGCCAACAUGAAUGCUUCUUUUUCUGCCACGUCCCAACAAGGGAUGUUUCUGUAGCAUAAACACACGCAGACUGCUCAGGGCCAUAUUGAACCACGUGCCUUUUGUGCCGAUGUGACCUUGAAGGUUUAGCUUUUCUACCUAUGUACACGGCAGUAGCAUUCUGAGAAUCGUCAUUCAUUAUGCUGUAGCAUGCAUUGAUUCCAGUACCAGCUGGUUACCUCUGUUAUGUUAUGAGGAAUGACCUCCCAAUUCCAAAAUGUAUAAAUAGGCUGGUGGUAGAACUCUUACUUGAUCUUUUGAUAUUUUGUGUUGAUAUUUUAUAAAUGAAUGAGUUGCAGCAAAUGGCAAUGAUGAUUCUGUUCAAUGAUUAAACCCACCCGCCACUCAAACUGUACUAACAUCACACAGCUAUAGAAAAUGCACUGAACGAUUGAACCCACCCACCACUCAAACUGUAUUGACAUUGUAUUAUUCACAUCACACAGACAUAGAAAAUGCACUGAACGAUUGAACCCACUCACCACUCAAACUGUGUUAACAUGGUGUAAUACUAACAUCACACAGAUAUAUAAAACGCAUGGAAUUGUUUACUUUCUAUCAGUGCCUUUUGAAAAUAACAUAUGGAGGGAUAUGACCACGUCCACUCAAUUGUCAUUUCACCAGUAUACUGUAUGUCCAAGCCUGAAAAGAAAACCUAACACAGCAAUUCAUUUUUGUGCAUGUUGAGCCUGACAUAAUCUGCAAAUUACACUCAUGUUCAAUUGGCAUAAAACACUAUUUCCAAGCAGACCCAUAUCCACCUGAGCCUGAAACCUACGUAGUCCCAAUACCUGAAGAAGAAGACGACUCACAAAACGAGCGUCGAAAGAGGUCACUAUCAAGAAUGGAAUCCAAAAGCAUAGGUUCAUAAAAAGAGGAUGUCCUUCUUUUUUUGUUGUUGCUGUGUUCACAUAUGGUGUCAUUAAGGGCUAUGCACAUUCCACUAAAAAGGGGUUUGAUACCUCUAUAUUUGGAAGUACCUUAAAUCAUAUGUUGGGGGAGGGGGAAGCAAAAACAUGACAAAUCUGUAAGCUUGCUGUCUUCCCUAUUGUGUAUUUUGCUUGUAACAUAUCUGCAUUUAAGUGUUAUGGAAUUGCAGUGUUGGACAAUGCACUCUUCAUGACAAAACCAUCAUUCAAAGGUAUUAAAGGAAAGCAAAUGUUUGUUCACACAGUGUUGGGGCAUCCAACAAAAAAAAACGCCUCUUUUACAGUUCAUCCAAAAUGGCUGAUUAUCAAAAUGUUGUUUUAUUCCUAUUUUAUACUUUUGCCUUUUUUCUCACUUGAAAGAUGGCCAUUUGUUCACCAUCUACCUACAGUUUUCAUCUUCAGUACUGCAGUUAAACAUGGCUUCCAUUUUGUAACUUUAGACAAAAUAUUUAUCCGUUUUCUUAUAUCAACUCACAGCUGAUUUGACCAAAAGGUGGAAUUGCAUGUCUGUGGUGUAUAUUUAGUAUGGUUUGUUAAUCAGAAUAUAGUUGUUGUCAUUUGUUGUUUUAUUAAUAUCGAAUGCAGUUGGAAUUUGUGUGCAAGACUAUGGAUAUGGUAUUGCUGCUUCAUGUUUUAACUGCAAAUUGUGAAUUCCACUGCCUUAUUUUCUUAUUUAUUUCUGAAACACAAGAGGCAUUUUUCAAUAAAACUACUGAAAAUGUA